AUGACCGCGACAACAACAACAACAGAACAUCAGCGCAAAACUUCUAAUCUCCCGAAGUCUAAACUUAAAAUUGCAAAUCUUAAUGUAAGAUCAUUGAAAACAAGAAGCCAUUUGCUGCAAGUGCGGGAGUUAAUGCGGGAGAAGGAUUAUGAUGUCUUGGCUGUUUCUGAGUCCUGGCUCAACUCGACUGUGACGAACGCCGAAGUUGAAAUUGACGGAUAUAAAUUAACUAGAUUGGACCGACUAGGAAAGAGUGGAGGCGGAGUGUGCGUAUAUACUCGCUCAUCGCUCAAAGUUAAACGGUUAAAGGACAUGUCUGAGAUUUCGGAGUCAGGAUUUCAUCAGUUAUGGAUGCAGAUUCAACUGAAGAAACUGAGGUCUAUGUUACUUUGUGUGGCGUAUAGAUCUGAUUAUUGUCCUUUACCUUGUUUUGUUAACAACUUCAUGGACAAAUAUACUCAAGCGCUUACCUUUGGGAAAGAUAUACUGUUGGUGAUGACUUAA